GUGGGGACCAAGACAGGACUCAUUGGGGACCUGCAGAUUGAUACUGGAGCCUUCUGUUACUGCCUCGGUUAUUUGUAAUGGGUGUAGAGUGAAGAAGAAGCCGUGGAAAAUGAGGACUUGAAAGCCUAAGAGCAGGGCUUGGCGGCAGUGCUGUGAUCCCAGCACUCAGCAGUCAGAGGUUUAGAAAUGGCGUCUUUCUCUGCUGAGCUCAAUUCAACUGACCUACACUCACACUCUUCGGUUAGACCCCAAGAAAUUUUCCCCAUGGUCAUUCUGGGCCUCACUUGUCUAUUGGGAUUGCCAGGCAAUGGGCUGGUACUGUGGGUAGCUGGCCUAAAGAUGAGGCGGACAGUGAACACGGUUUGGUUUCUCCAUCUCACUCUGGCUGAUUUCCUCUGCUGCCUUUCCUUGCCCUUCUCCCUGGCUCACUUGAUUCUCCAAGGACAUUGGCCUUAUGGCUUGUUCCUGUGCAAGCUUAUCCCUUCCAUCAUCAUCCUCAACAUGUUUGCCAGCGUCUUCCUGCUUACUGCCAUUAGCCUGGACCGCUGUUUGAUGGUACACAAACCAAUCUGGUGCCAGAACCAUCGAAAUGUGAGAGCAGCCUUCAUUAUCUGUGGAUGUAUUUGGGUGGCAGCUUUUAUAAUGAGUACACCUGUAUUCAUAUACCGGGAAACACUUGUUGUAGAUGACCAUGAAAGGUGUAGCUAUAAUUUUGGCCACUCCAGCUCCUUAGAUUAUUCGGACGUGUACAAUCAAGGUCUACUGGAAAACGAUUCUCUUGACAACUCCAUUGCUCAGCUACCUGGACAUAUGGAUGAUGGGUUAGAGCCUUCCUCUUUCCAAACAACUGAUAAGCCUUGGACAAUCACCACUGCCCUCCAUUCACAAACAUUUCAAAGAUCUUCUGGAGGUUCAUUCCGUCUAGAUUCAGCAAGAUUAUCUAGUCAACAUCCAUACCAACCUGCCACUGUGCUUACUCCCACCAAACCCAAUGACUUUCCUGCUGAAGAUCACAGAACCAGCACACAUAAUAACUCUGAUGAUUUUCUCUCUAAUGAUUUAGAUCUCUUCCCUGAGCUGUCACAAGAUUUCCAGGAUUUUUAUUUAGACCAAUUCAUGUAUGACAGUCAAAUGCCAACUCCUCUGGUGACAAUAACCAUCACGAGGUUGGUGCUGGGUUUCCUGCUCCCUUUGUUUAUCAUGGUGGCCUGUUACAGCCUCAUUGUUUUCCGAAUGAGAAAGAGCAACUUUACCAAGUCUCGGGGCAAAACCUUUCAGGUGGCCGUGGUGGUGGUAACCGUCUUUCUUGUUUGCUGGACCCCGUACCAUAUUAUUGGUGUCCUAUUAUUGUAUAUCAACCCAGAAACUCCCUUGGGGAACGCUGUGUUAUCGUGGGAUCACAUAUCCAUUGCUCUGGCGUCUGCCAAUAGUUGCUUUAAUCCCUUCCUUUAUGCACUCAUGGGAAAAGAUUUUAGGAAGAAAGCAAGGCAGUCCGUGAAGGGCAUUCUGGAGGCAGCCUUCAGCGAAGAGCUCACACAUUCUACCAACUGUACCCAGGACAGAUUCUCUUCAAAAAGAAAUGACGUGAGUACAGAGGUGUGACGCUAUGGAGGAGCGGACCUAAGCAGAUGUUCUCAGAUGAGUAUCUAUAAAGGAUGAGAGGAUGUGCAGGACACUCUAGACAAUCCAGUGCUUCUCAAAGUGCGGGCUGUUGCUAUCUGCAUCACCUGGGAACAUAACAAAUGUAAAUUUUCAAGCUCCAUCCCAGAUUGUUGACGCAGAAUCUCUGGACGGUGGGGACCAGGGUUUUAGCAGGCCCUCUUGUUUCUGAUUAGUGUUAAGUUUUAGAAUCAUACAAUGUAUUUUUAUUUCUAAGGCAUUUGAGAUAAAUGAUUUUGUCUGUUUUCAAAUGUUUUCAUUACUGACCUUUUUAUCAUUAUCUAAAUCAUUUUCUAGAUUCCAUGUAAGACCAUUUCUAUUGUCCUGAGUAAUAUAUAAAAAUGUAUUCUAUAA